CCGAAUCAAGUUUCAUUGUUCCUCCGACUUCCGUAUCGAAGACUUAAAUCUGGUUUAACAAAGUGUUUGCAAAAAAAAAAAAUUAUGCAUUUCAAAAGUGCUGUUAUCCUUUGUGCGCUGUACUUCGUAACCGUGACACAGAGUAUCGGACUCUCUAGAAUGCAAAUCAACGAUAUCAUUGAUGUAUUCGGUAAUUACAAAUAUUGUGAAAACGAAUUUCCCAUGGAAAAAGUUUUGGAAAUAACAAAAAUAUUGGGUUUGAAAGAUAUGUCAGCUUUUGAAUUCAAGAAAGAUAUGAACAACAAUCAAAAACUACAAGAUCUUUUGGUAUUUCUGGCCAAUAACGAAAAGGAAUCUGACGAUUGGAUGUUCCGAAUUUUAACAUCUUUCGAAGUACAACUUUUAGUUAGCUUGUUCGAGGCACAAGACCGAAUGGGCAAUAACGAUGGUCUACUUGAGUACAGCGAAGUAUUACAAGUCAUUGAUGCUUUAAUGCUAGAAAGUAAAGUCAGAAUGCUUUUAAAAGCACGAUUUCAAGAAGGUGAUAAAACAAUUAACGCCGCGGAGUUCUUAAAAGGCUACCUGGUCGCAAAAAAAAGUGGAAAAGGGUUAGACAAGAAACAGGUUGAAGAGCUGAACAACAUUAAAAAUCACAAAAAAGUUGACGAACACAUUGAUGAUGUUGAAAUAACAAACUUUUACAAAAAAUUAUCUAUAGUUAAAGAUGAGUACAAUAGCCUUGUGGAUUUAAAGACCACUCGAACGGCUCCAUUCGUGUUGCAAGAGCUGAUGGUUAACUCCUCAGAAUACUACUACAGAGAGAUUGACGGAAAACCUGGGUACGUAUGUCCUAAUGCUUCAAUUGAAGACACUUUUGGGAAUUUUUCUGAGAACAGCACCGAAAUCGAUGUACAAGGAAUAGAUUAUUUGAAGUGGCAAAAUCGAAUGGAUGUUUUAGGAAAACAUAACAAAGAGACCGACGAAAAAGCUGAAACCGUAUCUUCUAUCAGUUCAAUUGACGAAGGUUUAGAAAAGUUAUCUGAGCUCAACACCGACAAAAACGGUGCGCUCGGAAUGAACGAACCUGAAGGAAUUGCAAAACAUCAUUGUCAGAACAAAGACUGUGACAGUAUUCAAGAACACCACAACAAUGGAAAUGCACCGUCGAAGUUGGAAGAGCAGUUGGUUGUUUCGGCAGAGAGUACAGUUCAGCACACAAAUGAAGACAACGGAAAAGCUGAAAACGUAUCUUCUACCUCUUCAGAUAAAGGAAUAGCAAAUCAUCAGUGUCAGAAUAAUGACUGUCGUACCAUUCAAGAACACGUUACCAAUGGAAACGUUCCAUUAAAGUUACAAGAUCAGUUGGAUAUUUUAGCAGAACUCGAUAAAGGGGCUGACGAAGAAGCUGAAAACGUAUCUUCUAUCACUUCACUUGACGAAGGUUUAAAAAAUUUAUCAGAGCACAACACUGACAAAAACGGUACACUCGGAAUGAACGAAUAUGAAGGAAUUGCAAAACAUCAUUGUCAGAACAAAGACUUAGGUCAACUUAAUAGUGACACUAUUCGAGAACACAUUAUCAAUGGAACCGUUCCAUUGAAGUACGAUGAUCCGUGGGAUUAUUUUGCAGUACUCAACGAAGAGGCCGACGAAAAUGCCGUAUAUACUACCACUUCAGUUCGAGAUCUUUUACAGGCAUUCGCUGCACUUGACGGGGAUAAGAGUGGUGGACUCAAUAAAACCGAACUUAUAGAAACUGUAAAAUUAUACUGCCCGAACGAAAACGUUGACAGUUUUAUUGAUAAGUUCGAUAUCGACGGCAACCAUAUAUUGGACAUCCUGGAGUUCUUCGGGGCGGCAGUGAAAGCAGAUAUUAGUUUAAUGGAACGAUAUAGUGAUGAAGAGAGUCUUGAGAGUUUUGAGAGUGAUGAGAUUGAUUGGAGUGAUGAUAGUGAUGACUGUGAUUGUAGUGAUGAAAGCGAUGAGUAUGAUUGGAUUGAUGAGGUUGAUUGGAGUGAUGAGAGUGACGAGAAUGACGAGAAUGACGAAAAUGACAAGAAUGACGAGAAUGCCAAUAAUGACAAGAACGCCAAGAAUGACGAAAAUGACAAGAACGCCAAGAAUGACGAGAAUAACAAGAACGCUAAAAUAGAAGAUAGUGAUGAGAGGUAUGUGAAUAAUUUAAAGCAUGAGGGUUAUAUGAAAGUAAUGAGUCAGGAGGUUUAAAUUUCAUGUUUUAUUGUUCUUUUCAAAGUGAUUUACCCUUAAAUAAUAUAUAUUUUAAUUUAAUGCUUUUAAUGCAUAUAAAUAUCCAUAUUAAUAAUAUGAGAUGCCUAUGGCUUUUAAGUUUGU